UCUUUCAGGACAGCAUUGUCGCAAUGCAAGCUUUAAUCGAGCACGCCAUCCAGUCUCGAGUGCGGGACGUAAUUGACGUCACCGUAACGAUAGAAGUUCCUUCUGUUCCUGGAUUUAUUAAGCAAAUACAUAUUGGUGAUGAAAAUUUGUCUAAACAGCAGCAGUUUGAGAUAUCCAAUGCAUGGGGCGUUGUGUUGGUACGAGCACAAGGAUCCGGCAUUGCUCUAGUUCAGCUCUCUGUACAGUAUAACGUGGACUGGCCUCAUUUGCAAACUCCACCACCUGUCAAAGCUUUCGAUCUCAAAGUCAGAGGUUACUAUUUUGGACGGAAUAGUUCCCAUAUUGAAAUAAGCUCCUGUCAGAGGUGGACUCUUUUAGAAGAAAGUCCAAGAAGUGGUAUGGCAGUAUUAGAAGUUAAUAUUCCGACUGGAUAUGUAGUUCAACAGCAGACUCUAGAUUCUUACGUACAAUCACGAAAAGUUCGAAACCUCAGAGAAGCUCGCUAUGAUGAAAGAAGAGUUUCAUUUUAUUUCAAUUAUCUGGACCAAGACUUAACGUGCCUAUCAUUCACUAUUCAGAGAUGGUAUCCAGUGGCUAAUAUGUCCAGAUGGUUGCCAGUUCGUGUGUAUGAUUAUUAUGCUCCAGAACGUUUCAACGAAACCAUGUUUGACGUGUACAACUUAUUUGUGCUGAGUAUCUGUGAAGUAUGUGGAUCCUACCAGUGCCCGUACUGCCCCGUCUUCAGCUGGAGUUGUGGGAUUUCUUCCAAUCCUCUUCUUUUAUUUGUGACUUGCCUAAUUGCCACGUACAGCAUUUUCACUAGAAAUCUCACUGUAUAGCAUGAACUGAAUGCUUCUAUUCAGAGAAUUAAACAAUGAGUGAAGAACUCGAUGAAUGUUUUGUAUGUAAUGAAUUGACUUAAAAGAACAUCUCUCUUAUGUGCUAGAAUGGCAUAUCGAAAGUCAUAGUAUAAAACUGUGAUAAGUUCUUUUUUAAAGUUAUCCGCGAAUCACACAGAGGAAAUCUCUAGAUUCAUCGAAAUCUGAGCAUCGAGUCCAUAAUUAUGAAGUCAUAUGUUUUAUUGGAGUGCAUGUGUGCAAAAAUUAUCAUUUCUAUUUGUAUAAAUGUUUCAUAUCACAUGGAAAAAUGUAGGAGAAUAUCCUAGAACAUUUUUUACUUUUGUUAUGAAUCUCUCCUUUUUAUUAUUAUUAUUAUUAUUAUUAUUAUCUUCUUUUUUGUUAUAAAAUGUGUGAAACUUGUAAAAUGAUUGUUGUAAAUAGUUUUUGGAAUCCUUUUUUUAGACAUUUCUGAAGAUAUAUUUAGUAUAAUGAUCUUAUUUUCUUGGUAUUUGUUAAAUAGUAUUUCUCUUAUUUAUAGAUGUUUUUCUUUUUUAUUAUAAAUUUUAAAAUAGGCAUAAAAUUUAUCUGUUAAAGUGUUUCUAUUGUCUUCAUUCAUCAGUGUAUUGAAUAAAGAAAACAGGCUGGCCGAACAUAAAUUGGCUAUGUGUCUAAAAGGUGAAACAGCUUCAUGGAGAAAUUUCUAAGGGAAACUGGCUGGAAUAUACAUAGAGAAGAAACAUAAAACUUGUUUUCAAGAGCCAGUUUCCCUCAGAAAUCGGAAAGUAAAGCCGAGGUAGAUAAACUAUUGGAGGACCUUUUUUAUAAUGUUGCCCUAUAUUAAAAGGUGCCCAAAACCUUAUCCAAGUCAGAAGCUGUGUGGAAAGAACCUUGCUAAGUGUGCUCAUGACCAUUAUGGAAGUAGAACGCUGAAGGUACAGAAACUUUCGUAACAGUGCAUAAAGGUGUUGCAUCUGCAUAACUUGGAAAAAUGUUUACCUUUACAAGUGUGCUAGCACCUUUAUGCUGGGCACCCUUGUGCAUGGCUGAUUCAAAUAUUAAGCAGAGGAUGAAAUAAACCUUUAGCACCUUUAUUGUGAACAAGAACUUUGCAUAUAAAGGUGUGCACAUUUUAUAAAAAUUGGCCUAAAGCUACUUUUACCUUUGUGCAAGUACCAUAAACUGACAGUAAAGUGAUUUUUGCAAAAAGAUGCCAAAGAUUUAUUUCAACCCCUUCUUAAUUAAUCUGCAAUGAAGAUGAAAAUCAGACUUUCACUUAGAUCGACGUGCCUGCAUUCUUAUGAAGGUUUAUUACAUAUAUAUAUAUAUAAUUCUAAUUAUAUUAUUUAUUUUUUAUUUUAUUCUUAGAUUAUAUACCGGUGUAAUUUGUUCACUUUCAGUGUGUUAAAGCAUGCCUCAGAGCUGUUAACGCUCCCUUUUUUAUCGGUAGACUCACAAUUUUUCAUCUCAUUUUCCGGUAGAUCUCCAAAUCUCUCGGUUUUUUUAAUUUUUAGCCUUUAGUAAGGAAGAUGUUUCCCAGCAAUACGUGAAAUUUAUUGAAUUAAUGAAACUUAAAUUAAUUUCCCCACCAGUUAUUUUGCAGUAUUUUGGUGACUGAAUUGACGAAUUUGGAGUACAUAUAAAUUUAUUUGUGAAAGAGUAUGUCCAACUCGGUGGGAUUUUUCCAAAAUAUGAACAUGCCAAAAAACUGCAUAUGUUCCCUUAUUGCAGUUAUAUUCUUCACCUACUGAUUUGUAACAGAAUAAAAAAUAUAGGAGUAAAAAUCCCAAAAUAUUCAAUAUAAAUGAGUUCAGCAGGUACACCGAAGGUAAAUAAUUGAACACUGAAGGUUUUUCGGUACUUUUCCUUUAGCCGAACGCCAAAUGUCACCAAUUGAAAUACAAACACUUUCAAUAAAUAAAAAAAGAAGUAAUUCUCAUUCAUUUCAUUUAAAAUAUAAAAAAGGAAGCAAUCGUUUUAAUGAAAUUUAUGCCAACAUCCAAAAUAUUUAAUUUAAACAUCAAAGCAGAGUCUGUAACACACAGGCAGAAAUAUUUUUUUUUUUUUAAAGGUACCUUUUUCAUUUUAGUUUUAGGUCCAAAAACGUUUGUUAUCAUUUAGAACUUUCUGAAACACAUCGUCUGUUUCUUUUUUGCACAGGAAUUCAGCCACGUAAACUUUUAUGUGAUGGCAUACUAUUUCUUAUUGUCUGUUCCUAUGCCAUUUACCACUUCUCCACAACGGCUUGAAAAUAUAGUUCGACUUAUUCUUAUGUUGUAGACAAGUCUAUUUUUGUCCUCAUUUAAACGAAGUGGAAUUAUGAUAACUCUAUCGAUUUUUAGAAAUGCACGCUCAUAAUGACGCACAGGAAAUCAUUGCAGUUUCAAUGAUGGCGACGGAAACAUUUCUGGCGAUAUAUGGUUUGCGCUCGGAUAAAAGUAAAGUACCUGUUUUUCUUUUUAGGUUUUUCAUAGAAAUAAUUUAGUUUCUGUUUUUUAAUGUGUUUAGAAUGAAUCUUAUUUUUUUUUUUCUUUGUUGAUCAUUUAAAAAUAAUAAUGAAAGUUAUAUGUUCAUUUGCGUAAUAAAAAAGCGUUUCUUAAUUGUAUCCGUUUCCAUCGAUGCAGUGAUAUUCUUCAUGGAUGGAAACGGAAUGUUAUUUGUGAAAUUUUAUGAUUGCUUCAUGCAUAUUUAUGUUUAAAUUAUCAUGAUCUAGUUUUUAUAAUAAUACUGGAAUAAAAUGUAUUCAAACUCAUUUAUAACCAACACUAUUGGAUCGGAUGAAUUAAAUUAUAAAUUCUUGAUCGGUUAAAUUUGCUUGGUAACAAUAAAAAGUUAAAAUGAAUAUGGAUUUUUCUUGUUGCAGCUUUUGUCAUUUUACACUCAUGCUCGUGAUGAUUUGAUUCUAAAUGCAAUAUUACAAAAAAAAUGGUUUGAUUGUAAAUGGAAUAUUAUUUUACAUUCUAUCACGGGUUCUCAACCAUCCCCCUUUGCGGCGUUAAUGCGGUCUGCCUUUUAUAUAUCUGUUAAGUAUUUAGUCUUAGUUUAUGAAUAUAAAAAAACUACUUUUAUUAAAAUGUUGCUCUUUCAUCAACAUUUUAUACACUUUUUGUUGUUUAAUUUAUAAAACACGUCAAAAAGUUAUCUAAAUCUCUCUGUCUCUCGCUCUCUAUAUAUUUUGAGUUUUAGAAAGGAGAGAGAAGGAUUAUCUUCCAGCAGUGGUAAAAGGGUGCAUAGGAGGCUUGGUUGAGAACCCCUGUUUUAUCAUAAUUAAGGUUACGUACUUAUGUUAAGUUAUGUUUACCUUUCGUUGCAGAAACCAAACCAAACUGUAAUAAAAAAUUGAUACAUUUCUUGAUCUAUGAUUAUUUUUUAUGAAAAUGUUUUGUAUAUUUAUGGCAGCUGUAAAUAUUAAGGCUUUAAAAUUUUUAGCAACUCUAAAUAAACUUGUUUUGAACAAAG